AUCCGCAAAGCGUCCAAAUUGUCCCGAAAGGAGAACCUCAGGGUUGGACUCAAAGACUGUCAGUUGAGGAUCAGAAAAGGAGAGAAGGGUUUACUGGUAUUCGCCGGAGACGUGACACCCAUUGAAGUGAUGUGUCAUUUGCCGGCCGUUUGCGAAGACAAGGAUAUCCCAUACGUUUACGUCCCGCUCAGGGCUGACAUCUCGGCCGCCGUCGGUAUCAAACGACCCGCUCUUAUGGUUCUCAUCAAACAUAACGCCGAUUACGAAGAGCUCUACAAAGACUGUCACACAGAAGUCAAAGCGUUGCCGCUUCCCAUCAAUUAACAGCUCUUCGCCCAACUCUUCAGUCAAUCACUUCCCAUAUUAGCGGUGUUUUGAAUGCCUGUAUUGACAGACAUGUG